CCGACUGAUUGCGUAGCGGGCGGGGCCGGAAGUGCCGCUCCCUGGUGGGGGCUGUUCAUGGCGGUUCCGGGGUCUCCAACAUUUUUCCCGGUUGUAGUCGAUCCGUUCGGAGUGGAGGCAACGGAGCUUGAGGUUCUUGCUGGUGUGAAAUGACCGAGUACAAACUGGUGGUGGUUGGAGCAGGUGGUGUUGGGAAAAGCGCGCUGACAAUCCAGCUAAUCCAGAACCACUUUGUGGAUGAAUAUGAUCCUACCAUAGAGGAUUCUUAUCGAAAGCAGGUGGUUAUAGAUGGCGAAACCUGUCUGCUGGACAUUCUGGAUACAGCUGGCCAAGAGGAGUACAGUGCCAUGCGAGACCAAUACAUGAGGACGGGGGAAGGCUUCCUCUGCGUUUUUGCCAUCAACAAUAGCAAAUCCUUUGCAGAUAUUAACCUCUACAGGGAACAGAUUAAGCGAGUGAAAGAUUCAGAUGACGUACCUAUGGUGCUGGUAGGAAACAAGUGUGACUUGCCAACAAGGACGGUGGACACAAAACAAGCCCAUGAACUGGCCAAGAGUUACGGGAUUCCAUUCAUUGAAACCUCAGCCAAGACCAGACAGGGUGUUGAAGAUGCCUUUUACACACUGGUAAGAGAAAUACGCCAGUACCGAAUGAAAAAGCUCAACAGCAGUGAUGAUGGAACUCAAGGUUGUAUGGGGCUGCCCUGCGUGGUGAUGUAACAAGGUGACUAUUACAAAGUUCGAUCAUCAGAAAGAGCCACUUUCAAGCUGCACUGAUCCCCUGGUCCUGACUUUCCUGGAGGAGAAGUAUUCCCGUCGCUGUCUUCAUUCUCACAGACAAGCUCCUGCUACUUGUCCAGCUCGGAGUAGAUCAGCACAAUAGUCUCCAUCUGAGAAGUUCUCAGCCUGACUACCUCCUCACUUGGUUGUCUGACCAGAGAAAUGCAAAUGCACCUGUUGUUAAUCCGCAGUGGUUUCUCCCCCAGUCCACACAAACACACCUCUGCCACCCAAGGUUUUUCAUCUAAAAAGCAAUUUAUGCUCUGAAGCAGAACCAAACUGUAGACAUGAAAUUCUGUUGGAAACAGUGUUGAGCUCUGAAGUAGCAACUGCUGGUGAUUUUUCUUUUCACUGUUAAACUUGGAACUAUGUUAUUAGAGAAAUGUCAUAAAUUACUGUUUGCCCAGAAUAUAGUUAAUGUUGCUGUUUGGUUUAUCGGCUAUAUACUAUUAACUGGCAUCUGCUCUGUAUUCAUAAAUAACAAAAGUGAAUACUAACUUUUGAGUCUAGCCCAAUCUUCUGAACUUUCAUGAAAUUAAAUCCAACUUUCAUGUCAAAGUGCCUUUUUUCCUAAAAGUCAUUUUUAGAAUUCCUUUACAGUGUUUUCAGUGGAAUAGAUGGCUCAAAACACAUAAUUAUACAUGAAAAUUAAUGUCUAAGAUAUGUCUGUGAACUAUCUACUUAUGAAAGAUAACCAUAUGAUAGCAGAUGCCACUUCUGACGCCAUUUUCCAGGGCACUGUUUUUGGGUUCCCUCAUCUCCAAGAUGAACCUGGAAACAGUUACAAAUAAUUUUACUUAUUUUUUACCUAAUUGCUACUUUUUUGUAGGUUACUGCCUACAAAAUGUGAUUUUGUUUCUUCUAGUUUACUGAUAACCUAAUGUUCAAUGAACUUCCAUUUGUAUUCAAAUUUGGGUCAUGCCAGAAAGUCUUGUAUUCAUAGAUGUUCAAAUAUUGUAAAAGUGUGAUAUGGAAGUAGCUGUGAUGAAUGAUUUUUAAACCUCAAAUAUAGUAUUUGAAUGAUGCAUAUAAUUUUUCUCAGUUAUCUUCUUAACUCUCCCUCAGCCUCCUUUCUCCCCUGCAACAGGAAGUUGAAUAUUUCAGUUGAGUAAAGCAUGGUGCUGUUGACCAAGGUCAGUUUCAAAACUUGAAUGAAUGAGCCAUUUAAGCAUCACAAAGAGAAAUCCUUCCACAUCUGCUCAUUGUACCAGUAACUCCUGCUAAGUAGCUUUGCCAGAUUCCUGACGUUAUCUUGUAAGGAAACAGAAAAUAAGUUAGCCUGAGUCCUUUGCUAUGCCUAGAGAAACGUGGUAGUCCAAGGUUGAUCAGUUUAGAAGUCUUUAUAAAUAAAGUUGUUUAGACCCAAUUUUAGCCACAUGGAAAUUCUAGUCCAAUGUAUUUCCUCAUCUUGUUAAGACUUAGAAAAUGCCUCCAGUGGGUUUUUAAAAAAUUUUUUCUUUACUCAUGAUGUUGUUUGACAUUAAAAUAGGAUUGAUGAUUUUAUCUGCUGAUCAUGAAAGCUGGUAAGAUUAUUCAGAAUAAGAGGUAGCUUUGGAUUGAAAGUGCUGUUUGAAAAGCAAUGAAAAAUACAUAAAUCGUUAUAAGAAUCCCGAGGCAUGGCAUUUCGCUUAGCAGACAAGAUGCUGGUAAUUUUAGUGAAAAACAGACUUGGAUAACUUUUGAUAAAAGACUAAUUCCAAAAUGGUCACUUUGUGCAACUGCUUCUCCUGUUCUUUCAGAGCAUUGCUCUGUGAUUUUCCUGACCAGAGAAAGGCUGAGUGUGUAACUGC